AUGAUUGAUAGGUACAAUUUGUAUGAUAAUGACUGGUUGUCGGGAUUGUUUGAAAACAGAGGUCGUUGGGUACCGUGUUUCUUGAAGACCACAUUCUGGGCGGGCAUGUCCACAACACAACGAAGUGAGAGUAUGAAUGCGUUCUUUGAUGGAUACGUGCACUCAAAGACCUCUUUGAAGCAAUUUGUCGAACAAUAUGAAAGAGCACUACGGAAUAAGGUUGAGAAAGAGUUUCAAGCUGAUUUUAAAUCAUACUCGCAAAUGGUACCAUGCGUGACGAAUUAUGAUAUCGAAAAGCAAUAUCAAAAAGUUUACACUAUCACAAAGUUCAGAGAAGUUCAAACCGAGUUCAUUGGGAAGGUAUAUUGUGACAUCAUAUCAGUUUUAGAGGGAUGUCCAAAUACGAUUUACGAAGUUCGGGAGGAUGUCUUACUAUAUGCCGAGCAUAGGAUGAAAAAGAUUUUUUCGGUUUCAUUUACGAGGGAUACAUGUGACAUUGCUUGCAGCUGUCACUUAUUUGAGUUCCGAGGGAUACUUUGUAGGCAUGCAAUCGCUGUAUUGAUCCGUAAUGAUGUAACAGUACUGCCUAAUAAGUUUAUACUGAGGAGAUGGAGGAGGGAUGUAAGUAGAGCACAUACGAGAGUUGCAAUUCACUAUGACGGGUUGAUCAGUACUCCUGCACAGAUGAGGUAUGAUGAAAUGUGUCAGGCAUUUUCAGAGGUGGCGGAUCUUGUUGCGGAUGAUGAAGCCCGAGCACGGGCGGUAAUGGAGUGGAUAAAAGUUCAAGCGAAAGAACUCAUACUGACAAAGUCGAGUAAUGGUGCUCAUCAAAAUGAUGUAAUAUCUCAUGGGUCGGAUUCUCAAAACCAUUUCGCCGUCAAUGUACUAGAUCCUAUAUUGUCGAAAAGGAAGGGUGCGCCAAGGAAACUUCGACAACGAGGCCCGUUGGAGUCGAGUUCGAAGAAAGUAAAGGCAAGUUCAAGUUCAGGAAAAGGCAAGAGACCGAGAGUUAGACACAAUAUUGCAGAUGAAGGCGUACCUAAUGUUGAGGCAUCUCAACAGGGGACAAGGGCAGCCAACAAUAGAUGCAAUGAUCAGCUUGUGGAUAGAUUGAUACAUGGGCUUGGCUUAUUUCCAGCUUCAGUUUCUAAUUUCCAGCUUCAGUUUCAGUCUGCUUUCCCAGUUUGA